AUGAAUGCUCCUGCGGGUGAGGGCCCCUGUGCACAAACAGACCCGAGGAGAGGGGCCGAGGCCUGGCCUCCGUCGCUUCUACACCGGGGAAGUCUUGGCGGUUGCUCCAAGGCGGGCGGGCCGGCCCUCCCCGAGGGACCUUCGGGAGCCUCCACCGCGGGCGGGCAGGCGGGGGCAGGGCGCGCGCGCGGACACACCCCCCGCAGUGUCUCCGGCGCCCGGCAGGGGGCGCUGCUCCGUCGGCCCACGCCCCGCCGCGCGCCGGGCCGGCUCCCUCGCGCAGGCGCGGUGCCGCGGGCGGAGGAUCCGGGCCGCGCUUCCUCUCGCCAGGCCUGCGAGCUUCCUCCCAGCGGAGCCCAGGGCGAGCCGAGCUUGGCCGCCGCUGUCGCCGCCGCCGCCGCGACCGCCGCCGCCCUCCCGCUCUCGCCCCACCCCGCACCCCGCGCGGAGAUCUUGCUGGGGUGGGGUCCGAGCGGGGCGGUCUCCCGGCCGCGCCGCCGUCGGGACCACCCCCCGGGCCAGCGGUCUCUCCCGCCCCAGCCAGCCUGUGGCCGCCGGAGCCUCCGGGGCGUGGAACGCGGGGACCUUCUGCGGCGCCUCGAACCAGCGUCCGGGGCCGCCCCGGGCAGCCGGCGCGACGUCCCCACAUCGAACCUCGGUGGCGGCGUUUGGAAGCGGAACUCUGCCGGGGCCGCGCCGGCUACAUUGUUUCCUCCCCCCGACUCCCUCCCGCCCCCUCUCCCCCGCCUUUCUUCCCUCCCCGACCCGGGCCGCGCGUCCAUCCCCCUGCCUCUGUCUGGCCGUCCCUCCUCCCCCUUCUCUCGCACCCAGACCUCUUUGUACCUCACCACCCGGGGACCCCUGCGCCCCUCCCCUCCCCCCUGGCCGCAUGGACCGUCCGGCAGGCCGCUGAUGCUGCCCGCAGCGAGGUGGCCCGGACCUCAGUGCCCCGAGAGAGCUCUCAUGGUACCAAGUGACAGGUGGGCCUUCCUGUGA